UUCGCGCCAACUGUGUUGAAUAUUGUAUAAUUGUUGCUAGCAGAUGUUUAAUAAAAAAAAAAGUGUAAAAAAUAAUUGUGAUGUUGAAAUAUGGACCAACAGAUGAAACGAUUCUUGAUAUUAUUUAUUUUGGGUUCAUUGACAAUUGAUUACACAAAUGGAUGCAGUUGUGCUGGCUUUCCACUUCAAGAUUUGUUUUGUAGUUCUGACUUUGUUAUUAAAAUAAAGGUUACAAAUACUGAAAAAACGCCAGAACCGAUAAGAAAAAUGUACUACGUUGAUGUCCUAGAAACUUACAGAGCCAAUGCUGCAGCAGAAGAAGCACUGAAACUUAAAUAUUUAAUUACUAAUCCAUACGAAGGAUUGUGUGGUCUUCCACUUGAUCGUGGCCAAGUUGCUGUUGUUGGAGGACGCAUCUCUGAUGGAAAGCCAGAAAUUAGUCUCUGUGAUCUGCAUAUAGAAGAUCCUCAAAAAAUUGAAGCUGAAUCUGUCAAUCUUCGUGAAAAUUUUUCUAAAAAUUGUGCUACAGCGUAAGCUAAUUAAAUUUUGUAUUGUACAAAAAAUAAAUUUUAUACCGCAAGAUUGGUUGCAACAAAAAUUUAAAAAAAUUGAAGAUUUUUUAAUUUGCAAUACAACAUAGGAUCUAUCAGUUUGUAGAAAUUUUUUGAACAAUAAAGUAAUAGAUUAUGAA